AAAAGCAAUGCAUUUCUAAAAUAACUGCCUCUUUGCGAUGACAAGCUCUGUCCACAGAAAAAAAAAAUCCAACCUACCGCUCCCCUUUGUCUAUUGUCCAGUGUGGAGUGGCAGCCAGUGGGUUGGACUAUGUUUUGUGUGGAGUGUGUGUCUGUUGGGGGGGUUAAAGACUAGCAGUGAGGACCUGAGCAGGUAUACAGCUCUUGCUCUUGCUCAGUCAUGAGCACAGCUUGAUACAGACAAGCAAGAGCCAGGGACUGAGGAGAAGCAACUAGAUGCAGAAUGAUGAGGUGGUGGAAAUUCUCAGAAACUAGUUUGGAGGAGCCACAGUGCAUGCAUUGUGGCCCCAUAGGCUCCUCCAGGUUUCCACAGCGUGUGUUAUGGGGCACCCUCACUAUCACGCUGCUCAUCGUUAUCAUUGCCCUUACUGCCCUCAUCGUCACUGGGAAUUUCACACUCCAACCAGACACGCAGUCUUCGUUGCAGGUUGUCCGACUCAUAGCUCCUGACCACCCUGCUGCUCUGAUCAACCAGUCUGCAUUAGUAGACAAACACAACAGUGUAGUGACAUACUCAGUCACCUCGCAAACAAAUCACACAUCUACAGUGCUCUUUGACAUUAAACAUGGGUUAAUAUGCUACAAGCCUGACAACCAGGACAUCUGCUUCCUUCGUCAAAUGGAGAUGUCUGAUUAUGAAAACAUGCACAUGCUCUUGAAUGAGUCCAAACAACAGGUGAAUCAGAUCUGGCUGGUGGGAAACGAGACUCAGAGACACACUGAGUUUUUAGGUGUCUUGUCAGGCCAUCGUGUGGAUGCUUCAGUACUACAGCAACCGCUGCAGUCCCUCUGUCAGCACAGACCCGUGUACUGGACCAGGAGAGCUGGUGGUCCCAAAGAACGACUAAUUUACUUCUGCAUUGACAUCUGCUUCCCCAACAACAUUUGUGUGUCUGUGUGUUUCUACUACCUGCCAGAAUGAGCUUCCAUUCAGAGUGUGUGAGCAUACAGCAUGGAAACACACAUCCCCUUUGUUAUGGAAGCACAUUCAUGUUGCUAUCACUGAGACAAACUGGAGGGGCCACACACGCACCAUCACUCUGACAAGGCAAACAGAUGCAUCCAGUCAUGUUAUCCACAAUGUCCCCAGCCCUUUUAAAAAAAAAAAAAAAAAAAAAAUAGUUUUCUAUGCAGAGACUUGUUGCUGCUUAUAUUUGUGUAACCUGAUGCAUAUGAGUAACUGAAGGCACUGUUGAGCUACAAUAAAGCAUCAUGAUUUUGAGUGAGUCAUUUUUCCUUAGUCUGUACAGAUACAUAUUGUGGGACUGCAAUAGAACAUUAUAAUCAUACAGAUUAACAGAUUAACCUGGGUGGUAAACUAAAAGGGAAAGUUCAAUACUGCU